AUGAAAACAGAAGAUUUGUCAGAAGACAACUGUUCCAGAUUAAGUAAUAAUUUAUCAGAUUAUGAUGAGUCAGAAAUAGAAUCAGAACCUUGUAUUAGUUAUAUUGAGGUUGUUUGUGGAAUUCUUAGAAAAUGUAAAAGUAAAGCAUAG